AUGUCCAAAUCUACUAAUAGUAAACAAUCAUCUAGCAACAAUAGUAUUAUUAAUAUUAUUAAACACCAUGAUAAUAUUAGUAGCGAUGCUUGUAAUAUAUUUGAUGACCAUGGUGAUACUAAUAAUAAUUAUCAACAAAAUCAUCAUGGUGAAUUUGAUUGGUCCGAAUCAACCCAAAGUCAAAUAUUGGGCGCAUUUUUCUACGGCUAUCUAGUGUUUCAAAUAGUUGGCGGACGACUGGCCGAAAUGUUUGGCGCCAAAUGGUUGUGCGCCGGAGGUAUGACCGUAUCGCUGAUGAUCAACGCACUGACACCAUUGAUAGCCCGAACCCGAAUCUAUUGGCUAUUGAUUGGCAGUCGUGUAGUGCUCGGUAUGUUUCAGGCAUUCAUAUUUCCAUCGUUGUAUGCAUUGUUUUCUAAAUGGGCACCCGAUAAUGAGCGCAGUACAUUUCUAUCGUUACUGUCGGUCGGCGGCAAUGCCGGCACUAUUGCCGCAAACGCAAUGUCCGGCUAUUUGGCCCGACACGGGUUUGCCGGCGGUUGGCCAUCAGUUUUCUAUGUAUCGGCAAUCAUAUGUAGCGUAUGGCUACUGAUGUGGUCAUUGCUAAUAACUAGUGAACCCCGCGAUCAUCCAUGUAUUACACAUCGGGAGCUUCUCUAUAUUAAGCCAUCUAAUACUGUUGAUGGUAGUGGUGAUAGUAAUCAGAAAAAACUACCGGUUCCCUGGUUGGCUAUCCUAAUGUCCAAACCGGUUUGUCUAUUAUUUAGCGGAUUAAUUGCCGAUUUUAUUUUACGCCAACAGUUGAUUAGCAAAACAUUGUUGAGAAAACUAUUUGAAUCAAUUUCUACUAUUGGAUCGGCAAUAUGUUUGGCAGCCAUACCAUGGGCUCAAUGUAACAAUAGUCUAGUGAUUGCUUUAAUAUUAAUUGCUAUGCUAUUGUUUGGUACGCAAGCUGGCGGUGAUAUAGCUAUAGUUGCAGAUAUGACCAACAAUUUUACGGCCACUGUGUUUGCCAUCGCCAACACUCUGGCAACGGUUUGCGGUUUCAUAACACCGCUGGUCAUCGGCUACAUAGUGGAGGCCAGUCCCGACCGACCCCGUCGGCAAUGGAGUUAUAUAUUCUAUAUGUCGGCCGCUGUCAGUGUUUUGGGUGGUAUUGUUUUCCUGGUGUUUGGAUCGGCCGAUCGGCAACCAUGGGAUAGGGAUGAUGUGGUCGUAGUGGUGGUUGACGAGGAGGAGGAGGAGGUAGUAGUUGAGGACAGGGAUGUAGUAGUAGUAGAAGUCAUAGAUACUAACACAGAUACGAUCGUUCCCGUCGACAAUGGGCUUUACGGGCUUUCUAUAUGUCGGCGGCGGCUAUCAGUUUAG